AUGGUUAACUUCACAUUAUCGCCCCAGCAGAAAGCGCUCCGCGCAAACGUCCAGGCUUUCGCUCAACAGGUACUAUCCACAGCGCCGGGAUUGUACUCACACCUUCCGACUCAGAGGGAAAGAUUCCAAGCUACGCUUCCAAUCUAUCAGGCCGCAGUCAAGGCCGGUUUGAUCAAGGGUCAAAUCCCCGCCGCGUUGGGUGGGAAUGCCAAUUCGCUCAUCGACGCCGCGAUCGUCGUCGAAGAGUUCUACGCCGUUGAACCAGGAGCUGCCAUUACGAUUCUGGGUACUGGACUGGGACUGACCCCGCUUAUAAUUGCUGGAAGUAAGCAGCAACAUGAAAAGUUCUUGACGCCCUUUCUCGAGCAGAGUGGACAGCGGCUCGCCAGCUUCAUGCAUAGCGAGCCAACCGGUACGGCGAACUGGCUUGAGAAGGGCGCUCCGGGUCUUCAGACUACGGCGUAUCGAGAAGGGGAUGACUGGGUUAUCGACGGUGAAAAGCUGUGGACAACGAAUAGCGGAGGAUGGGACCAACGUGGCGCAGAUGUUCAAUGUGUCGUCUGCCGGCAGGGCAGACCCAACACGGCGCAGGACCCGUCGUCCAAUCCAGCUGACCAUAUCCUGAUUCUCAUCGUCACCCGAGAAGACAUUUCGAACAAUCCAGACUCUGCUUACAGGAUCGAGUCUGAACCGGAACUUGCGGGUCACAGGUCCACCAGUGGUCCCCAUACCCGCUUCUCUGGCUUUCGAGUUCCAGCAGCGAACCUGCUCAGCAAGCCUGGUCAAGGUGCGCAGAUUGUGGAGCAGACGUUCGGGACAUCGGCUGCUAUUGUGGGUGCCAUGGGGGUGGGCAUCAUGCGCGCCGCCUUUGAGGCUGCUCUGAAAUUCAGCAAGGAGGACAGCCGCGGCGGCACCGUCAAGAUCAUUGAAAGGCAAGGGGUGGGCGAGCGCCUCAUCGAUAUCAAGCUCAGAGUGGACGCGGCAAGAGCCAUGACAUGGAGGGCGUUUGGUUUGAUCGAGAGCAAAGAAGAAGAUCUCACGUGGGAGCAACGACUCGAGGCGGCAUUGGAAGCCAAAGUGUGGUCCAGCGAUGCAGCACCAAAGGCCGUGAUUGAGGCGAUGAGUGUUGUUGGAGUGCAGUCGUAUACGAAGGAUAAAGUUUUCUCACGGUUGCUAGAAGAUGCAGUGUGCAUGCCGCUUUUCGAUGGAGGCAAUGUCGGCGUCCGGAGGAGGCAGCUGGAGAAGAUUUUCCAGCGGGACGACUAUCAACCGUGGGCCGCCUCGUUUUGA